AUUAUAGGAAAAACUCCCAAAAAAAAUGAGGCUCCUUUAAAUGGAUUAAGUGGCUUUACGUAUUAUUUGGAGACAUUAUUUCAAUUUUCGGGAAGAUAGUCAGACUUUAUUACUGCCACCCUUUUAAGCAGAUAUACAGUAACUCCUCUCCACACUGAGGAUGAACAGGAGAUUCUGACCCGGAUCACAGCAGCAGAGAGAGGCGCGUCACCGAGCAGUAGGCGUGUCUAACCGCAGAGACUACGGCUGGAUCCUCCGGUACGUUGCAGCACAGUUUACCGUCUGAGACCACAGAGAGAGAGAAGAGAGGAGCCAGCAGCUGACGGAGCGCACAGUAUUGGAAGCGCCAAGUGAUGGAAAGCUCUGAGAUCUUUCUAUACUUCUUCCUCUCCUCUCACUACUUCGGGCACCAUCCUCCUCAUCUCGUGGAUUUACUCGUACGGUGUACCCACGAGCUCUCCAACUAUGGAUUGUGUUAGUGAAGUUGGGCCACCUGAUCCGGUUUGCGCCAGGAGGAAAGACCGAACAACAUUAGAAGUCGUUAUGGACAGUUGUGCAAAAAAAAAUCGCGCAUUUCCUGCUCAGAGGACUACUAGUGUCCAAAAGCAGCAUUUCCAUCUCUGGAUAUCUAUUUGCGCGUAAAGGAACGGGACGAUACCAGCUCCUGCUGAUCUCCUCUAUCUGCGCUAUGUUUUAGUCACAAUGGGAGCAUGCUGUAGUUAGGAUAGAGGGCUGUGCUUGUUAGACUGCUUUGCUUUGCUCUGAUGUGAGAGUAGCUGCCAGCUUUUAUUGCGCGCAUACCAAUUUGUGCGCUGCAGCAGCAGGACCUGCCAAUCUGACAACAGGCAACAGGCCUCAUCGACCACUGUGGAAAUCAUUUUUUUUCUUGUCAUUUGAAACUUUCACUACUAGAGUUUUUUUUUUUAAAGGUGCCCUGUGAGUCAAAGAAGUCAUGGCUUUACCAGAUAGUGGCAUAUCCGGUGAGGAGGUCCCCUUCCCAGAGAUCAUAGAGCUCAAUGUUGGUGGCCAGGUGUACAUCACGCGCUACUCACCCCUCACUAGUGUGCCAGAGUCACUGCUGUGGGAGAUGUUCAGUCCGGGAAGUCCUAAAGGUUGGGCCAGGGACACUAAAGGUCGCUUCUUUGUGGACCGCGAGUGGCUUCCUGUUCCCGGUAGCAUCUUGGACUACAUGCGGGACCAGCAGCUCGUCCUACCAGAUCACUUCCCGGAGCGAGGGGCGUACAGAGGGGAGGCCGAGUUCUUCAACCUACCGGAGCUCGUCAAGCUCUGGCGCCCAAAAAUGAGCAAGCAGAACUCCCUCGGCGACGAGGGGUGUCAAAGCGACCCGGAGGACUCCUCGCCCUGAUCGAAGCGGCCCGUAACCUCGGAUCCCUGGCCGCCGCGGCCGCCCGCCUGCGCCAGCCUGGUGCCCGGCACCAUGGAUGGCAAACGGUCCGGUUUCAUCACCAUCGGCUACCGAGGUUCGUACACCUUGGGCCGCGACAGCCACACCGAUGCCAAAUUCCGCCGGGUGGCGCGGAUCAUGGUGUGCGGGAAGACCUCCCUGGCCAAAGAGGUGUUCGGGGAGACGCUGAACGAGAGCCGUGACCCCGACCGACCCCCCGAGCGCUACACGUCCCGCUACUAGCUCAAGUUCACCUUCCUGGAGCAGGCCUUCGACAAGCUGGCCGACGCGGGCUUCCACAUGGUGGCCUGUAACUCCACGGGAACCUGCGCCUUUGCCCAUGAGCAGACGGACGACAAGAUCUGGACCAGCUACACUGAAUAUGUCCUCCAGCUUGUAUCCUAUGAACAGCUGCUGCUCCGACUCUUCAUACCUUCUCUGCAGAUACCCCAGAUCCUUUUCCCCCUCAUCCUCAGAACAGAUUUUUUCUUUCUGUUGUUGCGGUCUGGAACGCAUGACGAAUCCCUCAGAGGCAUACCGCGCCUGCAGUGUCUCUUCAGCCCCCCAAAAAACACCGUCACAGGCAGCAUUCCUCACGUCUCUGUGCGCCUGCAAGCCUCCCAUGCAGAUCGGGAAGGUGGCUCAUCUGUGAUUUCCAAGACAACGACCUUUGACCCCCCAGCUCUCAUUGAAGUGGUGACCUCUUACCCUGACCCUGCUCAUACUGGAUCAGCCACAGCGGAGCUCAGCAGCACCAGCCGAACCCAAAGCCUUCCAGAAAGCAGCUGCACCCCAACACUGGACAUACGAAACCCGAUGUCCCUGGACUCUCCUCCUCCUCCUCCUCUAACACCUCCUCUUCCUCCUCCACCUCCUCCCGCUGCAGACAGCCUCGACCUCCCGCCUCUGUCGCCUCCACCUCUGCCAUUACCCAAACCUUUUUCUACCUGCAGUCCCUCGACGCCGCCUCCUGCCGAGAGCCCCCAGCGCCCGACCACCCUCAACCUAAAGACGCUGCCGCGGCCAUCCAUCAGGGAGAAUGGCGGUCCUCCGCCGGCGUUGGAUGAGGAAGAGGAGGAGAAGAAGAUGCUGGAGGAGGAUCUGAAAAAAUGCAUUGAGGACUUCAAAAAGAUCCGCUUGCCCAGAGAGUUUCCAGAUCGCAAGAGGCACUGGCAAAGUGACUUGCUCAAGAAGUACAACGCGUAGAACGCUUUCCUGUGGACAAACUUGACGUAGAUUUUAUAACGCGGUGGAGUCCUGAUUUACAUUCACAUUGCUCUGAGUCAGAAAGUUUACUUAAACCUCUAAUGUAGUAGCUUUUGCAUGUCAACAGAACUAAAUUGUUUAAUUGUAGUGCUUAGCAAUCACACACACACACCAUUAAAACACUGAGAUUUGUCUUUUCCCAUCAUAAAAACAACAUCCCUUUAGAGAUUGUUAGUGACACUUCUUUUUUCCAAACAGCUAUUUGGAGACAUUAAAAAAUUAUUUUCACUCAGUCAAAGGAUAAUAUGUAAUGUCGGUAAUUAGAGAUUUCUGCCCUGCUCUCUGUUCUGUAUCCACUGAUCAAGCAACUGGAAAAUGUUAGCUAAGUGUGAACAUUUUAGGCAUUUGACCUUGCUGAUGCAAAAUAAAAGAAAGAAGUGAAA